GGAGACCUGGAAGCAGCUCUGACGAUUUGCACUCACCACCCUGAGGGAUUUUGGGAUGGGGAAGAGGAGCAUUGAUGAGCGAAUCCAGGAGGAAGCUCACUUUCUGGUGGAGAGGAUCAGGAACACACAUGAGAAACCCUUCAACCCUGGCAGAUUCCUGACGCAUGCUGUCUCCAACAUCAUCUGCUCCAUUGUCUUUGGGGAUAGGUUUGACUAUGAGGACAAGAAAUUUUUAACUUUAAUUAAUUUGCUAGAUGAAAACAGGAAGUACCAGAACGCUAUACAAACACGGCUAUACAAUUUCUUCCCAACUCUCAUGGAGUUUUUACCUGGACCUCAUAAAAAAAUGCUAAGAAAUAUUGAAGAAGUUGAUAAAUUUAUUUUAGAAAUCAUAGCACAACACCAGGAAACCCGGGAUCCUACUUGUCCUCGAGAUUUCAUUGAUGCUUUUCUUAACAAAAUGGACCAGGAGAAAGGGAAUGGUCACUCAGUAUUCACCCUUGAGAGCCUGAGCAGAACCACACUCGACUUAUUCCUUGCAGGAACAGGGACCACCAGCAUCACCCUGAGAUAUGGACUUCUGAUUCUCCAGAAAUACCCAGAGAUACAAGAGAAAGUUCAGAAGGAGAUUGAUGGUGUGAUUGGCCGAGACCGAAGGCCCUGCAUGGCAGAUCGGAGCCAGAUGGCUUACACAGAUGCUGUGAUCCAUGAAAUCCAGAGAUUUAUUGAUUUCAUUCCACUUAAUGUCCCACAUACCCUGAUCAAAGACACCAAGUUCAGAAACUAUUUUAUUCCAAAGGACACAAUGAUACUUCCUAUGCUGGGUCCCAUCCUACAUGAUAGCAAAGAAUUUCCAAAUCCAGAAAAAUUUGACCCAGGACAUUUCCUGAAUGCAAAUGGUACAUUUAAAAAGAGUGACUUCUUCAUGCCCUUCUCUGCAGGAAAGCGCAUCUGUGCAGGAGAAGGUCUGGCCCGGAUGGAGCUGUUCAUAUUUUUAACAUCCAUCCUGCAGAACUUUACUUUGAAAACUGUUGUGCAUCACAAGGACAUUGACAUUACCCCAUUAAUCUCCGCUAUAACUAAUGCACCCAGACCCUAUGACGUCUCUUUUGUUCCACGCUAA